AUGGCAGCCAUGCUCGUCAAACCUCAACAACUGCGGUCGAUACCCUCUUUCCUCCUCCCCUUCGCGCAUUCACAAGGCCAAGCAAGAUGCUUCCAUCAACAGGUUAAAGCUGCGUCAAUACCACCUCCGACUCCCUUCGUUCCGGAUACACAAACGUUCCUCACGCUAAUUGGCCGCAACUUAAGCCAGCACGCGUCCAAAAUUGAUUCAUGGAGAGCGCUCUUCACCCUCAGCUCUGCAGAACUCAAGGAACUCGGCGUUGACCCUCCACGCAGUCGGCGAUAUCUGUUGCGGUGGCGCGAAAAAUUCAGGAAAGGACAAUUCGGGGUUGGCGGAGAUAUUCAACAUGUGAAGGAUGGAAAGGCAGAGCUUCGUGUGAUUGAGGUUCCAGCACCGAACCGACGAAAGGGUCUGGCCACUUUAACACCCGGAACGAAGAAAAUCAUCAUCAAUGUUGUUCCAGGAACCAGCGAGACUAUUGUGCCGGAACAGCAUGUGCCAGUGAAGGGAUACAGCAUUAAGGGCGCUCAUACUAUUGUUGGACCACAUGUUUUACCGAUGAAGGGGGGACGGUCAGUUAAGAUUGAAGUGAAGGAGGGCUUAUGGGAGGAGAGAAGGGGACAUAAGAUUGAUGGUGGAGAGAGGAGACAGGCUGAGGUGCGCGCGAAGAGGAGAGGAGAGGAGAAGCGCGCGAGGUAG